AUGAAAAAGCACUUGGAGAUGGACAGCAGAGUUUCUGUAACUGUUGGUGUCCAUCCUCACAUGCUUUUUAUAGGAACUUACAAUGGAUCGUUUCGUAAACUGGAGGCUUUGGUGAAUGAUACCCCCAGGGUGGUAGGAAUAGGUGAGGUGGGCCUCGACUUUACCACUGCUUGCCGAUGUCGACAAUCCCAUGAUCGCACGGUUUGCAAGAGGGAUAAGCUUGAGGCUCAGCGCCAGUUCCUCCGCAUGUGUCUUCCCAUGGCCGAUAGAAUGCGUAAACCCAUUGUAAUUCACUGCAGGGACUCCGGUAAUGGGCUAGCAGCCAAGCAAACCCUGUUGCUGUUUAGGGAGUUAAACUUAACUCAUAUGCCUGUUCAGCGAUAUUGUUUCAUUGGCAGUUCUGAGGAACUUGUACAAUGGAGUACUGUCCUUCCUAAUUGCAUGUUUAGUCUGUCCAUGCGCUCCCUACAAGACCGGAAUACGCGUGAAGCUUUAGUUCAACACGCUGAUGCUAAAAGAUUACUUUUGGAAACAGAUGCUGACAGAUGCUCCCUAUUUGGCUAA